GUUUGGCUGAAAGUUAUAAUGAAUCGUUUUAGGUAUCUAUUCGAAUUUUACUUAUUAUUCAGGAAUUGCAACAUGCACUAAUGGUAUCGUGGUAUCAUCACCUGACUAAUAGGAAUAAGCGUAUCUAUGUUAAAAAUUAGAAUACGUAGGAACGUAUAAAUUAACUUGAAGGCAUAAGUCAUAAGAGCCAUAAAUUAGCGUUACACCAAGAGUCGGUAAAAUAGACUAUGCGAUAAAUCCAUCACGUACGUUCGAUUACGUUGAGGUAACAGUAGUGAAAUGAUUUUAAUCGGGAGUAUUAGGAUGUUUUUAAACUUAUUUUACGAAAAGAUUGCGAUACGAGUAGAAAAAUCGAUAUUUAAGAAAACAAUGAAAUCUCAGGUAGAAACCGAAUUUGAUUUCUACUAAGAUUCGCAAAGAGCAACGAUACAAGAAAGGUAAGAAAAAGGGGGAGGAAAGUAAGUUUGAUGGGGCUGAUAAAGUGACGUUCGAUUUCGUGGGUAUUUGUUGAGUACUUAAAACUAAAGACACUAAACGUGACAGAAGAUAAGAAUGGCAGAUUCGAUUCGCUCGAGUUUGGUAAUGAUUGGUAUAAAUUCAAGGAAGAAUCGAAUCUUUAGUCAUAGAACAAUCGGGGGGCACGAAAAAGGAAAAUAGUUAAAUCGCUGACGAAAGUCGAAAAAAGAAAGGGUGAAAGUGCGAAAUAAAAAAUGACAGAGGGAAAGAAAGGUGUCGUACCAGGAAGGUUUCGACAGCUAUUUGUAGCGUUGGUCGCGAACAUUUCGACUUUUUCGUUUGGAACGAUGGUCGGCUGGCUGUCACCGUCGAUACCGCAAUUACAAAGCGACAAUCCUCCCGUGGAUAACGAACCGAUGACAGACGAAGCCGCGUCCUGGUUGACAGGGAUCAUGUGUCUAUCGGCAGCUUUCGUCAGCUUGAUAGUCGGUGUGAUAGCGGACAGAUACGGACGUAAAGUAGCCGGUUGUCUGAUGGGUUUGCCCCUUUGUGCCACCUGGUUGUGUACCAUCUUUGCAAGUAAACACAUGCAUUUGUUUAUCGCGCGUUUCUUCUCGGGGAUGAGCGGUGGAAUGGCUUUGUUUUUGAUACCGCUCUACGUGUCCGAAAUCGGUUGCGAUGAAAUUCGCGGUAUGCUAGGCAGCCUGUUGGUAUUUCUUUUGAACGGUGGUCUUUUAUUGGGUUACAUACUCGGCGCGGUGCUCCCCUAUCGCGUGUUCACGAUCAGCAUGCUCGUAUGGCCGUUACUUUAUAUCUUGUUCUUCGUGUUCGUACCGGAGUCACCCGUGUACUUGUUGCGACGUAAUCGUCUGGACGAUGCUGCGAGAUCCCUAAGCUGGCUAAGAGGGGGGGACAAGUUGACAGCAGAGCGGGAGAUGGUACGUCUGCAACUGGAAGCAAAAGAGCGAAACGUUUCGGGGAGAUCGGUCAAACUAUCGGAUUUAUUUCGAGAUCGAGCGACGACGAAGGGACUGUUGAUCGUACUGGGGCUGUUCGCUGGUCAACAAUUAGCUGGAAUAAUCGCGAUGAUAAGCUAUACGGAAACUAUAUUCAGAAUCGCUGGAAGUUCAUUGUCUCCGAACGGUUCAGCGAUUAUCGUCGGGGUCAUUCAAGUAUUCGGCUCCUGCUUAUCUACCGCGUUCAUGGAAAGAAUCGGUAGAAGACCGUUGCUUCUAACAUCUGCCGCGGGAAUGGGUGUUUGUCACUUCGUAAUCGGAGUCUUCUGUUACCUGAAAACGCUCGAAUAUGACGUUGCCAGUUUCAGUUGGAUCCCCGUCGUAGCUUUGUCCGUUUUUAUGAUUACCUAUGCAUUGGGAUUAGGACCAGGACCGUAUGUGAUAUCUGCCGACAUACUCAGUCAAGACAUAUCCAGUUUAGUCGCUACCAUUGGAAUGUUCUUCGCAUGGAGCAUGGCGUUCGUUGUCGCUAAACUGUUUCCGACCUGCGUCAGCCUGUUGGACGUGCACGGUUGCUUCUUUCUACUGACUACCUUUUGCGCGGCUACGUUCGUUUUCAUCUUCACUAUCCUUCCAGAAACGAAAGGUCAACCUCGCCAACUAAUUUUGGAUCGACUUAACGGAAGGGUGAAUAAAAAACAAUAUGUUUUGUCGAGCAACAUUAUCGGAAAAAACAUGUCGCCAUCCGAAUCGAUUUGAGGAUUCAUCUCUCAUCAUCAGCAGCGAAUGUGUAUGUAUGGUUUCGUAAAUCGA